AGCGGCUGCGGCCGCCCCCCGCACGCUGCCAGCCCCGCGCCCGCCGCCCCGGCAGUUCCGGACCCGUGACCGGCCGCACCCAUGGGACACCGAGGCGGGGGCAGCGGCUGCCCGGAGCGGGGCGCGGGGUCCCGCAAAGGUCUAUUCUCAAAUAUCUGGUUAUGGCGAGGUGUUGCUGGAGUUCUUACUGCUGCUAUCAUUUUGAUAUUGUGUAUUUGGUUUGUAAACCAUUCUUCGGCCAAAGAUUUUCCUGUCUCUCCUUCCCUGGAACUCUGUCCAUCGGAUUGGCUGUAUUUCCAGAGGAAAUGCUACUACCUGUCAGAGAGUGAGGCCGAAUGGAACACCAGUCAGAGCCUCUGCUCUUUGCACAAUGCUUCCCUCCUAGUGAUUGAAAAUCAUCAGGAGCUGAGUUUUAUGGUGAAAAUAACAAAGCAAGACCCGUGGAUUGGACUCUAUAAAAGGAAUGAAGAGUUCUUCUGGGUAAACGGGAAAGCAUUAGACAAUAAACUGAUUGAAGUAAAAGGCUCCGGAAACUGUGCCUAUCUUGAGUCAAAAGGAGUCUCAGCCUCUGGAUGUUAUUUAACCAGGAAGUGGAUCUGUAGCUUGAAUAUUAGCCUACCAUGAUAAAGGUGGACACUUAGCACUGUGAUGUGAUGCCUACACAGGCUGCGUCUGUACUCUGGGACCUGGGAACGCAUCUCAGCUCCUGCAUGGAGGUGAAUGACUCUUCUGGUAGCCACAAUUCUCCACCUGUGGAGGAAGCCUCUGUUUUUUAAAGAUACUACUUAAAAGGUUUGCUUCAGCAUCCUAAGUUACUUCCUUGCUCCAUUUUUCUAGCUACUGCUCAGCCUGUAGUUUCUUUUUGUUGUGUCAUUUCUUCCAUUAACUCUUCUCUCAUAGGAUCCUAAGCAGCUGCUCUUGCUUUUCCUUUUCAGUUUGCACUUGGAGGUAUUUGUUCUGCUUUUCCCUUAGCUGAACGCUGCGUGCGGGGAUGGUUUGUGAGGUGGGGCUGCCUGAAGGUCUGCCGCUGCCUCUCGGGUACAGGGUGAUGCAGAAAUGAGCGCUGUUGUUUUAGACAGGAUUGUGCAGAUUUCACUCCCCUGAUUUGAUGAGGUGCAUCUUGUAUGACUCUGCAUUGUAGUGGAUGUUUUCUUAAUGUUAUUUUACAUGAAUCUUGUUCAAUUAGCUUGACAGUAUUUGUCACAGCACUCUGCAAACUAGCCAGCUACAACAAGGUCUUCUACCGUCUCAUACCAUCAUACUCUUCAUGCCAGUCCCUCUGCUGCCUUCUCCUGGUCUCUCCUCAUGUAUGGGAUGCUCACUCUCUUCUCUUUGCUUCUUUCUCCUCUCUCUUCCUCGGCUGCCCAACCUCUUAACAGAACCAGCCACAGCUGCACCUUAUCUACAUCAGCCAACCCGCCGCCCUUGAAGCCAGCCCACAGCUGUAUAUUAUCAAUACUAAUUAACCCAGCUUCAUUCCUCUACAAGUAUUAUCAUUGGGUUUUAUGUAGCUGCACUGCACCUGAAGGUCUCUUUCCCACAGCACUUAGCAAAAAAAAAAAAAAAGUCAGAAUAGAUAAGAGUGUUUAUUUACCUGAGCAUCUACACUGAUGGGGAAGAAGAAUCAUGAGUAGAGAAUAACAGAAUUAACUGCAAAGGAUGUUUCUCCAUGGUUUCGUGGUGUCCUGUGCCUGUCAGAGUAUGGGGAUUCUAAGCAAGUGGUACAUUUCUGGAUGGACGAUCCGUGUUUUCUUCUGUGCGUGUAUCACUUUCAGCAGCAACACCCAGUGCUGUUGAAUUGCUAGGAGCCUGAACAGAAUCAGGGUGCAGUCCUGCUGAACGCUGUGCACCAAUGUCUAGCAGGUGACCUGGAGAUUUAAAGGGCCAUUUGAUCCAGAGGAAGCAAAGCAGAUUAUUUUCCUGCAAGGACCAUUCCUGUUGGGUUUCUAGAGGAGGAAGAAUGGGAAAUUCCUGUGUACAGCAGGGCAGAAUACUUCCCUGCUCAGAAUAAAAUCUGGAAAAUUGAUGAUGUGGGUGCUAUGGGAAGGACUAUGGACUCCACGAGACUUGUUGAAGAAGCGAGUGGAGCCAUUUUUGGUGUACCCGGUAGAGAGCACUGUAGUUUCAGGGACGGGAAGAUCGUUGUGUUCUUCUCAUUUUUUAAGAAGGUAAAAUUGCACUAUGUUUGACAGGUUAUUUGCAGUGUUAUUGGUUCGUUGGGGUUUUUUGUCCUAUUUGUUGUUAAUUUUGCCUUCACUAUGUUACUAUGCAAAUUUAAUCGCUGUCUGGUUUUGUUCAGUGUCUUGUUUAUGUCUUCAUUAUCUUCUGUGACAAUAAGUUUACUGUAACAGGACAGUGCAGUAUGGAUAUUGUUAACAUCUUGUGACUUUAAGAUGUUUAUUUGUAUAUGAUCACUAAUUUUGCUGAACUACACUUUUUUUACUUGCUUCCAUUCUUUAUAGGCACAGUAAUAGGACUCUAAUAGCCUAAUAAUGUGUUUAUUUAACUAGUUGGGAGGGGGGUAUUCUGCAAUGUUUUUAAAUUAACUAGCUCUGAAGGAUAUGGUGCGUGCAAUAGUCCUGAAAAGAUACUCAAUAAAUAUCUUUCCAGAGCCUCUGAA